CAAUGUAUAUAAGGUAAACACCUCCAUGAGGAACAGACCCUCAGUUUCUAUGCCUCUAUUUGUUAAAUCUUACAACUUCAUUAAUGACCGAACAUUUCCUAUGAGUCAUGUGUUAACUAUGUUCAUAUAGAGAAAACACACCCUGUAUCUGUCGAACCGCUCCUCUUUCUGGAAUGAAGGUAGCAAAGCAUGUAAACCCCUCCUUCUUUGCUGAUCUCUCUGACUAGUCCAAAUAUUUACUUGUUCCCUCCCCUUCACAGAUCUGCAGUUUUAAGAUGGGUGAAGUCAGAAUGUGGUUUAGUGAGAGAGCUGGCAGGCUAUAUUCACUGCAGCUUUGCAACUAUGAAGGAAGCAGAAUAGAUUUUGUUCCUGGGUAAAACGUUUGACGGUUUAUGUGAAACUGUCAUUAGCUGCCAGGGAGGUACAAUGGCGCAGAAAGGAGUUAGUCUGGACAAGGACACUAUUUCUUGUUCUAUCUGUCUGGAUCUACUGAAGGAUCCUGUGACUACUUCCUGUGGACACAGCUACUGCAUGGACUGUAUUCAAGGCCACUGGGACAAAGAGUAUGAGAAGAAAAUCUACAGCUGUCCUCAGUGUAGAAAGACUUUCACACCGAGGCCUGUCCUGCUGAAAAACACCAUGUUAUCAGAUUUAGUGGAGCAGCUGAAGAAGACUGGACUCCAAGCUGCUCCUGCUGAUCACUGCUAUGCUGGAGCUGAAGAUGUGGCCUGUGAUGUCUGCACUGGGAGAAAACUGAAAGCCCUCAAGUCCUGUCUGGUGUGUCUGGUCUCUUACUGUGAUCAACACCUUCAGCCUCAUUAUGACUCCUCUGCAUUUGAGAAACACAAGCUGGUGGAGCCCUCCAAGAAUCUCCAGGAGGACAUCUGCUCUCAUCAUGAUGAGGUGAUGAAGAUGUUCUGCCGUACUGAUCAGCAGUGUAUCUGUUAUCUCUGCUCUGUUGAUGAACAUAAAGGCCACGACACAGUCUCAGCUGCAGCAGAAAGGACUGAGAGGCAGAAAGAGCUUGAGGUGAGUCAACAAAACAUAAAGCAGAGAAUCCAGGACAGAGAGAAAGAUGUGAAGCUGCUUCAACAGGAGGUGGAGGCUAUCAAUCGCUCUGCUGAUAAAGUUGUGGAGGACAGUAGGAAGAUCUUCACUGAGCUGAUCCGUCUCAUGGAGAAAAGAAGCUCUGAUGUGAAUCAGCAGGUCAGAUCCCAGCAGAAAACUGAAGUGAGUCGAGUCAAAGAGGUUCAGGAGAAGCUGGAGCAGGAGAUCACUGAGCUGAAGAGGAAAGACGCUGAGCUGAAGAAGUUCUCAGAUACAGAGGAUCACACCCAGUUUCUGAAAAACUACUCCUCACUGUCACCACUCAGUGAAUCUACAUCCAGCAUCAAUAUCCGUCCUCUGCGCUACUUUGAGGACAUGACAGCGGCUGUUUCAGAAUUCAGAAACAAACUACAAUAUGUUCUGAAUAAAAAAUGGACAAACAUCUCCCUGGGUGUGUCUGAAGUUGAUGUUUUGCUGCCAAAUCCACAAUCAGAGCCCAAGACCAGAGCUGAAUUCUUAAAAUAUUCACAUGAAAUCACACUGGAUCCCAACACAGCUCACAGACAGCUGUUAUUAUCUGAGGGGAACAGAAAAGCUACAUUCAUUGAAGAACAUCUGUGUCUUUCUAAUCACCCAGAACGAUUCACUUAUUGGCGAGAGGUCCUGAGUGACGAGAGUCUGACCGGAUGUUGUUAUUGGGAGGUGAAGUGGAGAGGGAUAGGAGUUUCUGUUGCAGUCGCAUACAAGGAUAUCAGCAGAAGAGGGAGCUCGGAAGAAGGUCCUGUAUCCUCCAGAGUAGGAGUGUACCUGGAUCACAGUGCAGGUACUCUGUCCUUCUACAGCGUCACUAAAACCAUGACUCUCCUCCACAGAGUCCAGACCACAUUCACUCAGCCUCUCUACGCUGGACUUUGGUUUUAUUGUUAUGGAGACACUGCUGAGUUCUGUAAACUCAACUAGACAGUCAAAUCACUCAAGGGUUAAACUCUUUGUUUCCACUUUUACAUUUAUUUUGUCUCAAUGUUAGUCGCAGAUUGUUCGUCGGGGCAUUUCUUCACUGCAGAGAUCAGCUGUCAAUCAAACAUUAUGGGUGGUAUUUUGCCGAUAGUGGGAAGAUCUUCACUGAGCUGAUCCGUCACUCCUAUGUGAAGCAGCAGGUCAGAUCACAGCAGAAAACUGAAGUGAGUCAAGUCUGAGGAAUACUUGACUAAAAACCCUGCUUUGAAAUAUUUCAUUUCUCUACUUGUAUAUACUCCAGUUAAAUGCUCAUUUGGCAGGUUUAUCAAGUGUAGUAUUCCAGUAAAUGCACUUAAGUACUUUCCAUAUGUUUAAAAGUAGGGUGCCUCAAACUGAACUUUAAUCUUCUAUCUCACUCCCUGUCAGCUAUUUGCACAUAUUAAGUUCUCCACUAGAGGUCCCUCUCCUCAAAUGUAUUGCAUUAUCAUUAUACUCGAAUGCUUUGCUGCCAUUUACAACACACCUAAGGGGUGAACUGGAGUCUAAAUGGGAGAAAAUCCCUGCAGCAGGUUCUAACAUCUGGUGGAAAGACUAUAACCAGAUGAAUGGAGACGGUUGGAGCAGCACAACAUGUUCUACAAUUACAUGGAGUGUCAUUAUUAUACUUUGUUUGGGGGUCUGCAUACUUUUGGCCAUAUGUGUAUGGUAUGUCGACAUCAGGACACUUUGCAGCAACAAAUGUGUAAAAAAAACUACUUAAAUACUUAUUAUAAAUAUAUAUAGUAAAUAUAAUAGUUGGUUUUAUUCAAAUAAUCUUUUGAGUUGCUUAUGAAAUUCUUUUAAAUAGCUUUUUGAUAUUUUGAACUGUCAAAGACCUGGAAGAAAUGCAUGUAUGUGCCUUUUAUCAUUAUCAAAUAUAUAAUAACAGAACAGACACUGUUUUCUGUAGUUGAUCAAUAUUACUUUUGCUGCAUGAUUUGAUGAAUUGAUUUUUUCCAUUUACUCACAGAUUAUUAGUUCUUGUUAUCUUCAGUUUGAGUUGAAAGUUUUGGAUUGCCAUGAUGGUCUGGCUGCUGCAGGUACUUAAGACUGUUUCAUACUUCUCAUUAGAGCCUGACCAAAAAAAUCAGCCAUGUUGUAAUGUACAUUAUAAACUGUGUGAAGUAUUUAUCAAUACAAUCAUAACUUGAUGUAUAAGACACAUUAUUUUCUUUGUGUGUGUGUGUGGGCUGUCAUUGUCAUACUGUGAUGGUGUUUCUACAGACAAAGAAAUCACUCCAGUUCACAGAUCUUGUGAACAGAUCUUUUUUUUUUAAACUACUUUUGAGUACCGUACACGUGCAGUUUAGUGUCCCAAAUUAUUUUCCAAAAAUUGAUUGUCCCAAAUAAUGAGGGUCUUAAAGUGAGACAGGUUAUGGUUAGGGUUAUUAAUUAAUUGAUUAAUUAAGGACAUUGUAUGGGGGAUUUGGGACACUUUUGACUGUCGCUGAGGCCAAAAAUUGGGAAGAAGUCCACUUCCAUCUUUUCAAUUACACAGAUUUUGGGGAUAUUUAGCCUAUUCAUAUAUCUCAUUGCACUGUAACUUUUUUCUAGCUAUUCUUUUUUUGCUAAUUAGUUAUCCUUUAUUUAAUACUUAAACCCUAGUUAUGUGUGUUUUAUAGUGGCUUGUGUUUGUUUUAUGUGUAUUUAUAGCCUAGUGGCCAUGACUAAAUCAGAAGGGAUUGCGUCCGGCCAAUUGACUGUAAAAAUAAUCAUCGAAAUAUACUCUGUUUUAGUCUAUGCUUUCCUCUCUCUCUCUCUCUCUUUGAAUGUAGGUCGGCACCUAAUCUCAGCUCUUUUAAAUCAAGGCUGAAGACCUUUCUUUUUAAC